UGGCGCGCGCCAGGGCGGCGGCGCACUGGCAGCUCUCACGGCGCACGGCGGCGAAGGGGUCGAGCAGCGUGCAGCGCAGCACGCGCACCGCCUCGUCCAGGAAGGAAGAAGACACCCCCACCAUGGCCUCUCCACCCUGUGGGCCCUCAGAGGAAGAGGAGAGCGUGAAGGCGUGUGAGCUGUAUGUUCAGAAGCACUGUAUCCAGCAGGUACUCAAAGACUGCAUCAUGCAUCUCUGCAUCUGUAAGCCAGACCGCCCCAUGAAGUUCCUCCGGGAGCACUUUGAGAAGCUGGAGAAGGAAGAAAACAGACAGAUUUUGGCCCGGCAGAAGUCAAACUCGCAGUCCGACUCCCACGAUGAGGAAGUUUCACCCGCCCCUCCGAACCCCGUGGUGAAGGCCCGCCGCCGGCGUGGCGGCGUGAGUGCCGAGGUAUACACGGAGGAGGACGCGGUCUCCUACGUCAGGAAGGUGAUUCCCAAGGACUACAAGACCAUGACUGCACUGGCCAAAGCCAUCUCCAAGAACGUGCUCUUCGCUCACCUCGACGACAACGAGAGAAGUGACAUAUUCGACGCCAUGUUCCCCGUCACGCACAUCGCUGGGGAGACCGUUAUACAGCAAGGGAACGAAGGGGAUAAUUUCUACGUGAUUGACCAAGGAGAGGUGGAUGUGUACGUGAACGGAGACUGGGUGACCAGCAUCAGCGAGGGAGGCAGCUUCGGGGAGCUGGCGCUCAUCUACGGCACCCCCAGGGCCGCGACCGUGAAAGCCAAGACAGACCUCAAGCUCUGGGGCAUCGACCGCGACAGCUACCGGCGCAUCCUCAUGGGCAGCACGCUGAGAAAACGCAAGAUGUACGAAGAGUUCCUGAGCAAGGUCUCCAUCCUAGAGUCCCUGGAGAAGUGGGAGCGCCUGACUGUGGCAGAUGCGCUGGAGCCCGUCCAGUUUGAAGACGGAGAGAAAAUCGUCGUCCAGGGGGAGCCGGGGGACGACUUCUUCAUCAUCACAGAGGGCAUCGCGUCCGUCCUGCAGCGCCGAUCCCCCGAUGAGGAGUACGUGGAGGUGGGGCGCCUCGGGCCCUCCGACUACUUUGGGGAGAUCGCCCUGCUGCUGAACCGGCCGCGUGCGGCCACGGUCGUGGCCCGGGGACCCCUCAAGUGCGUCAAACUGGACCGGCCCCGCUUUGAGCGCGUGCUGGGCCCCUGCUCCGAGAUCCUGAAGAGGAACAUCCAGCGCUACAACAGCUUCAUCUCCCUCACCGUCUGAGCCGCCGACCGCGCCGGUGUGGUGGCCGUGUGUGCUUGUCUGUGUCGGGAGGCGGCGGCCGGGCGGGGCUGGUGUCCGGCCAUGUGGGGGCUGCCCCUUCCCUGGACUCACUGUUUGGAAUAAAUAAUCACCUCGUGCAUUUC